AUGUCGCGGAUCAAAGCACUCUUCUCCAAGUGUGCCGGCUUCUCUGGCGGCCUCAUCAGCGGAAAUGCGGAGCUCCCGCAGCUGCUCAUCCUGGGCCUCGACAAGUCGGGGAAGACGACUCUCCUCUACAGGCUGAAGAUCGGAUCGGGUUGGGGCGACAUUGUCGAAGACAUGAAGAGGAUGAGGACGCCUGAUUCCGAUGGCAAAGUUGAGGAUCCAGGCUAUCACUACGAGGAGCUGGGCCGGUCCUUCUCCUGCGGCGUGUGGGAGGUCCCAGGCACCGAAGCCAUGAGGCCGGUCUGGAAGCUGUUUUACCAGUCCAUCAAGAUCCACUGCGUUGUGUUCGUGGUGGACGCCACCGAGAACGAGCAGAGGAUCAACCUGGCGAAGAGGCACCUGCACGUUCUUAUGAACGAGGCAGAGCUCAGAAACGCUUGCUUCUGCGUCAUCAUCAACCAGCGUGCGGACAGCGCCGGGAACAAUGUCUACGACGAGAAGGAGGAUGUGCUGAAGUACAAGCUCGGACUGCACGACCUGCAUCCCUCCGUCGAAUGGCGAACAAGGCAUUUUGUCAUCAACAUCCUUGACAUCAAGGGCGAGUCGGACAAGGACUGGCUGGGUGUCAUGAGCUUCGCCAAGGACGUGCUCACGGACAGCAAAGGAUUCGCCUUGAAACUGUGA